AUGGCUUACAAUCGCAAUCGGAAACGUGUCGGUAUGGGCUUGGCCAGCGCCUUGGAAGAAGAACGCUUGGAGCUGGCUGCCGAACUCGAGAAUCGCAACGGCACCUCCACCAGGAAGGCCCCUCCAUCCCAGCGUCGGAGUGUCUUCGAUACCGUCCCAGACCUCGGAAACCCCUCGCCGGCGCCGUUCCCCCCGCGGCAUGGGUCCAUCGCCGGCAUUGGCGUUGGGGUGACCCCGCCCUCACAUCGCCGCUCCCUGCAAGAGCCCCUGUUCGCCCCGUCACCGCUGCGUUCAGCGACGCCGCCCCCUCCACCUCCGCCCACCACCUCGACCCCCACCACCCCGUCUACCCACCGGGUGGCGGCCACCACCACCUCCCGCGCCCCGCCCCCCAUCGUCAAGCCGAAACCAACCGCCAGUGCCAACGGUGGCACCACCGACCCCGACGGCAAGGACAAGCCCGCCGAGAAACCCCGACCGAGCAUUCGCUGGGACGAUAGCGUCGUCAUGUCGCCCACCGCCAACAGCUACAAUUAUGCCCGCCGGAGCAGCCAGCAGCACGAGAGGCCCCCCAGCAGACCCCAGAGCAAGAAUACCGUCGCCGCCAUGAUGUCCGGCCUCGACCUCAGCUUCGGCCUGCCGGGCUUCUCCCGCGGCCGGGAUUCCUCCCGCAACAACUCCAAGCGAGGGGCCUCGCUGGAUUCGCGCCUGCCCUCCCGCAAGGCCCGCUCCCGCUCCACCUCGCCGGCCACGCGCCUCAUGAGUCCCGGUCCGCCGCGCAUCCCCGCGUCGACCCCGUCCUCCCCCGUGAUGGCAAAAGCGAAACCGUACGUCGUAGAGACCACCGACCUGUCGGCGAACAAGCCUCCCUCGCCCCCUCUGGCUCCGCCCCCCGAGGAGCCGUCGGACGGGGACACCGCCGCGAAGUCGGCGCCCGCGGGGGAUGAGCGUCUGGCCAAGGAUGUGUACGACAGUGACAACAAUCUCAUCGAGACCAGUGAGGACGAGGACGAUGACUCCUCGUCGUCGAGUGACGAGUCCAGUCCGGACCGUGACGGAGACGAGGAGGCCCCGCGAGGCCGCACCAAGGAUCCUGGUCGAAACGGGCCCGCGACGACGGAGCCGAGUGCCACGGUCCGCGACAGCGCCCAAACGACGGACAACAACGACGACGACGUCGAGAGCAGCACGCGUUCCGCCUCCGCGAAGCAAGGCCCCGGCCCCGCCCCGAAGAAAACUGAGGUCCACCCCCGGACUAGCUUUGACUCGGCCUCAGUGACCAACACGCCGUUCGGGUCGGAAGACGAAGCGGAGCUGUCCGACAUCAAGAAGGCCCAGAAGCUGAGCAUCCGCAUGUCGGCCAUCGACAACUCCGUCCGCAGCCGCUCCAUCCGCACCAUCAUCCGGGGCGACUACGCCAACCUGCCCGAGGAGACCGAAGGGGGUCGUCGCCGCCCGCGCAAGUACAUGGUGACCACCGACCUCAGCGAGGAGUCCGUCUACGCGUUGGAGUGGACCAUCGGGACGAUCCUGCGGGAUGGGGACACCAUGUUCGCCGUCUUCUGUCUCCACGAGGAGACGGGCGCCCAGAUCGGCGAAGGCGCCGAGUCCAUGCAGGACGCCGCCGCGGUCGUGGGAUCCCAGACCGAAGAGACGGUGCGAAAAGCCCAGAACGACUCCGCCUCCAACCUCUCGCGGACAAUCCUGGGCCGCCUGGGCACCGGCACGGACAGCAGACCGGGGUCCGUCGACGCGCGGGGCAUGUCCAAGGCCGAGUCUGAGCGCGUGCAUGCCGUCGAGAUCAUCUCGCAGACCUGCGUGCGGUUACUCCGCAAGACCUUACUUCAAGUGCGAGUCGCCGUGGAGGUGAUCCACUGCAAGAGUCCCAAGAAUAUGAUCACGGAAGCGAUUGACGGAUUGGAUCCGACCUUGGUUAUCGUGGGCGCUCGGGGUCGCAGCGCACUGAAAGGUGUUCUUCUAGGAUCCUUCUCCAACUACCUGGUCAUGCAUUCCUCCGUCCCCGUGAUGGUCGCCCGCCGGAAAUUGAAGAAGCAGUCGAAGAACAAAAAGGCCACCGUUCGUCUGUCGAACAACCUCUCGGCGCCGAAGAAACUAGCCCAGGCCAAGAUCGAUUGA